GGUACUGGUGAUGAUGUAAAUUUUAUAAAACAAAAAGAAUUGAUAUGAAAAUAAGUGUUGCUAAGUGCAAUUUUUCGUUGGUUUUUUAGUGUUAGUUACAUUGUAUUCUAACAAAUUAAAAACAAAAUGAUGGACAGAUCGUACAUAGACGCAACCAAGAAAGAGGCGGACUUUUCGAAAGUUUGACUUUUUGACGUUUAAGGUUAGUUGAUUGUCAGUUCUAAACAAAUAUGUCAUUUGAGAGCAGAAAGAAAUCAUUUGUCAUUAAAAAAUGUUAGUUAACAAUUACCAAACUACCAACCAAAUAACUGACAAGUUAUAUUUGGUGUAAAGUUGUGAAGGACCAUGUUAAAAUUACAGCAACGUUUUGUAUUGCAAGCAUUCCUAACUAGUUUGAUUGGAUUUGUGUCUUAUACUGGUGAUGUAGGAUUACAAAAUGGCAAAACCGAAAUUGUCAGAGCCCUGUCUGACAAUUUGACACAUGCCACCGUUGGUGGCAUCACCUGGGCUCUAGUGAUAAUUAUCUCAAAAAAAUCUGCAUUUGAGUACUUGCGAAGUAUAAUUAUAUGCUUUUUAAUGUCAUCUUUGAUCGAUGUUGAUCAUUUCAUUGCUGCGGAAAGUAUGGAUAUUAACGAUGCAACUCAUUUAAAGUACAGACCAUUUUUGCACUGCACUACUAUACCAAUAGUACUGUGGGCAGUGAUGAAUGUUAUUGCCAAAUUAACGAGUUCCACAAACUUGAUAAUUUGUUCUUGGAUGAUCUUUGGGAGUUUUUUAAGCCAUCAUAUAAGGGAUGGAAAUAGGAGAGGAUUGUGGUUUUGGCCUUUUGGCUCUACUCGACCCAUUCCGUAUUAUAUGUACAUCAGUGUAUCCAUGGCUCUGCCAUACUGUAUGCAGUGGAUAAUGGACUGGCAGUUAUCAAAAGAUACCAAAUACUCGGAAUUCAUCGUUUAACACAUUUAUAUAGUUCAAAGUAAUUAAUGAUGAUAACAUGGAAGUGCCUUCAAUGUAUGUAUAAUUUUCAAUAGUUUUA